AAUGUAAUAAGGACUAGCUUAAAAAAGAUUAUUGAUGGAUUUUAAGAAAAUUUAAUAAGAAAAUUAGGAAGAUUUCAUGGCCUCUCCUUAAGAAAAUGAUAUUUUUCAUUGGGAAGCUGUGAUUUUUGGGUAUUUGUUUAAAUAUGAUUAUAAGACCAGAAUAAACACCUUGGGAAGGAGGAUGUUUUGAAUUAAAAUUAGCUUUUACAAAUGAUUAUCCUACAAAACCACCUGAAGUUAAAUUUGCUCCACCUAUUUAUCAUCCUAAUGUCUAUCCAGAUGGAAGAAUAUGCUUAGAUAUUUUGAAGGAACAAUGGACUCCAAUCUUAGAUGUUUGGGCAAUAUUAACAUCUAUUAGAUCUCUCUUGUGUGAUCCAAAUCCUAACUCACCUGCAAACCCAGAAGCAGCUAAAGUAAAAAAGAUUUUAAAAUAUAGCUAUAUAUGUCAGACCGAGCCGAAUAUUAUAGAAGAGUAAAAGAAUAAGUUGAGAAAACAUUAAAUGGCAUUGAAGAAGAAAAAUGAUU